AAAAGGUUGAGUUAAAUGUCUUCCUUUUUCUACUGUAUCUCUUUGUUUCAUUGUCUGUUUCAAAUGUCUAUAGCUAGUUCUGUUAUUAUUAUUGCUACCUGUGUAUGGGUGGUUGUUCUGCAUGUAUGUCUGUGCACCACACAUGUGCAGUGUCCAAAGUGGAUAAAAGAGAGCAUGGGACACCUGGAACUAGAGUUCCAGACAGUUCUUUGAGCUGCCAUUUGGUUGCUGCUCUAGAAUCCAGUCCUCUGGAAGAACAGCCAGUGCUCCUGACCACCAGUCCUCAGUCCAUCCCCUCUAGCUAGUGUAAAAAUCUACCUUAUAUGUGACUGGGGAGAAUGUGUAUAAAGAAAGACAUGGAAGAAAGAAGCUUUUGCUCCUUGUCUGCUUGCCCUCGCCUUACUAGCAAAUCUAUUCCUUACUGUCAUAGAUGUAGGCAUAGAGCCUACAUCCUUGUGAUUCUAGCAUAUACUGAAGACCAGCAGAGACAUCCAGUCUUUGUUGAUUCUAAGGUUUUUUUGCUCAUAGUCAGCCAUUGUUGGAUUAACUGGAUUGCAGCCUAUAAGUCUUCUAAUAAAUCCCAUGUCUCUUUAUAUGUAGAGCGAUUCAUUCUGUAAGUUCUGCUCUCUAGAGAACCCUGAUUCAUACAAUACACCCUUCCUGUGUCCUCUGGUCUGCUUGCUAGGAUUAGUGAAGCUAUUGAAUUAUGUCUGUUUCCUUCAUCAAAGUUGAGAAUUUCUCACCUAUUGCUUCAUAGUGUAGAUGUCACAGCUACAAGCUGGUUUUCUUUUUAUUGUCGUAAUUUUGUUGGUGAUAGUAUUAAUAUCCUAAUUUAGUUGUCAUAAUGCUUAACUCAUUGAGUAUCAUUUGAAUUCUUGGUGUAAUUGAUAAAUAUCCAUGGUUGUUUCUGAGAGAAUUUGGUAUUUUAUUUACCUAUAUUCUCCACACACUCUCUCAACUAUUGUUUAAAAUUGAUCAUUUAAGAAAUUUGGCCGCUGUCUGUUAUUUCAAUAUGAUGGAAAAGAGUAGAGCAAUUCGCCUGAAUCAUGAGGGAUGUACAUAGCAUCGGUCUGUUCCAUGACCAGAUAUGAUCAGAUGAAAUGAAGUUGGUUUUAAGCUUCAUCUAAUCUCCCAUUGUCACUCUAUAAUAUUGAGCAUUUGCUAGGUAAGAAACCAUCCAAAUGUGCAUUGCCUAUCAAGAAAACUAUUUGAGAUGCUAUAAAUACGAUUGAUGUGAUACAUAUGUAUAUCUACAUAUAAUGAUGCCGUGGUUAUGGAAACAUUGUUUAAUAAUAGCAUGCAAAUAUUCAGAAUGACUCCUGACACAUGGAUGAACAUAAGACAUAUGUGUGUGUAAAUAUGUCUGUCUAUUUAUCUAUCUACCUAUCAUCUAUCUAAUCUAACUAUAGAAAGAAUUAUAUACAUACACACACAUAUGUAAAAUUAACCUCCUAGGCAUUUAUUUCAAUUUCACUUUCUCAAUUAUCAUUCAUUCUCCCUUAGCUAUCUAUCAUUCAUUGUGUACUUCUGACCUUUCCAGCUUGUACUCCAUAAAAUCUCCUUGUUAUUCUUCUGUACUCCUGGAAUCUCUUUCAGACAGGGUUUGCUUAUUUCUAAAUUAUUAAGCAUUUAAUCAUGUUUUCCAAUAGUGCUUUUAGCAUUUCGAUUUUUCUAGGAAGGGCCUUGGUCCUUGAUCUAGUUUGUAUUGAUUUGUGUGUAGGGUGAGAGAUCUGGAUCUAAUGUCACUUGUCUGCACUUGGAUAAUCAAUCGUUUCCCCAGCACAGAGUGUUCAAAGGGCUCUCUAUUUCCUGGGUUUGUUGUUGACAUAUGUAGCUUAUAUCAUCUCUCUGGUAUAUGUUCAUUUCUAUGUUCCCUGUUCUAAUCAAUUUUCUGCAUGGUUCUUUGUGUGCAAUCAUGCUGUCUUUGCCUUGUGCCUCUGAGUUAUGAUGUGUGACCAGAUCCUGUGAUACCCCCAGGAAUACCCUUUCUUAGGAUUAAUUUUGAUACAUGUGACUUUUCUGUGUCCAUGUGACUGUUUCCUUAUCUGCUUUUGUGAAAAAUAUCAGUAUUUGGCUGAUGGAGAUUGCUUCAAUUCCACUGGUUGCUGUUAGUAAUAUUUUCACCAUGGCUUUUAGAGAGUUUGGAUAGGUCCAUUUCCUUGUGUACUCUUAUUUUUCAUUUUUUCCCCCCUGAGUACCUUAGGGAUUUUUUCAUAAAAGCAAAGUCAUCAUUACUUAGUCUUAUUCCUAGACCUUUUUGAUGCAACCUAAAUGGGUUUAAUUUCUAACUUACUUCUCAAAUCGUCAUUAUUGACAUAUAGGAAAACUAGUCAUUUUGCGUGUUACUUUUGUAUUUUUUCAAAAAUAGUUAACACACUUAUCAAGUCGGAGGUUUCCCCCUGGAGUAUGUGAAGACUUUUUUGUGUGAUUGUAUGUAAUCAUUAAAAAGGAAUUUGGUGCCUUUCUCUCCUACUUGUUUCUCCUUUCUCUCCUUGUCUUAUUCACACGUCUCUGGCCCACUCUUAUGGCUCUGGAUUAAGUGAGACUGGAGAGCACAUGCAUUAUUCUUUCUUGACCGUUUUCCUGCUCAUGCCUGUCAGUUUUCUCUGCAGUGUACUGUUGACCUAGGUGUAACAUACAUGCCCUUUACAUGUUGAGCCGGGUUACAUUUUUUUCCUAGUAUCUUUAGGAGUUUAUCACAAAAUCUUUGAACUGUGUCUUUUGACAUUUCCAUUUCUAUUGAGAUUUUCAUAUCACAGGGCUUUUAUUUGUUAUGUUUUUUUUUUUUUAAAUAUUGUAGUUGGUAAAGUCACUAUUAGUAUUUUUCUGUCUUCUAGUAAGAAAUAGUGUUUUGCUGGUUUUAUCUGUUGGCCAUGGUCUGUUAUUACUCAGCUCUUUUCUAUUUAUCUAUUUCUUAUGUAAAGUGUCUGAUUUCCUGUGUCCUUGUGGAUAACUUCUCUUGAUUUUUCUAAGUAUAAUUUGCCUCCAAUUAUGAUCUUCAGUGCUGCCUGAGUGGAUGACAUGUGUUAUUUCACAACUUUCUUCAAAUACACUUCUCUAUGGAUUUUAAGAGCCAGUGUUUCUGAGUGCAGUGACAUGGUUCACAGUUACUCUCUCUCAGCACUCCAAAUAAGAAUUCCAGUCUUUGUUCCUGAGACAGAAAUUCAGAGAAGAGCAACAAGGAGAAUGGCCGCUUCUCCGAUAAAUGUGCCCCAGGAUCCAUUGACAUUCAGGGAUGUGACUGUGGACCUGUCCCAGGAGGAGUGGGAAUGUUUAGACUGUGCUCAGAGAACUUUGUACAUGGAUGUGAUGUUGGAGAAUUAUAGCAAUCUAGUCUUUGUAGAGAACCAUCAUAUAUGUGGAAAAUAUAAGAAAUUCUUGGAUCAAGGCUCAAAGUAUAUUAUCCAUCAGCAUUUGAAUAUCCAAGAGAAGUCUUAUAAAUGUAGUGAGCUUGGCAAAAUAAUUCAUGAACCCUCCCAAUAUUCAACUUAUGACACAAGUGAUACUGCAGAAGACUACAUUAAGUACAGAUGUGGUAACCACAAGGGUGCUUCUAUUGAGUCAUCAGUCAUAAAGAGGCAUAAAAAUGGGGACUCUGGAGAAGAACCUUGCAAAUUUAAAGACUGUGUGAAUUGUUUAAAUUUGUUUCCCAUCAGUCAAAAUCAAAGAAACCACUCGAACUCCAGUAUACACCAGCAAAACCAUUCUGGAGAGAAACCUCACAAAUGUAAAGCCUGUGACAAGUGCUUUUAUCAGUUGUAUCAGGUUAAAUACCAUUACAAAACUCAUACUGGAGAGAGACCUUACAAAUGCAGUGAAUGUCACAAACGCUUUAGUCAGCUGACACACCUAAGAAGCCACCAGACAAUUCAUACAGGGGAGAAACAUUACAAAUGUAAUGAAUGUGGCAAAAGAUUUAGCCGACUGACAUAUCUAAGAACCCAUCAGCGAAUUCAUACUGGAGAGAAACCUUACAAAUGUAGUGAAUGUGACAAAUGCUUCAUCCAGAAAGCCCAACUUACAAUACAUCAAAGAAUUCAUACAGGAGAGAAACCUUACAAAUGCAGUGAAUGUGAGAAAUCCUUUACAUGUUGCUCAGGUCUUAGAAAACAUCAGCGAAUUCAUACCGGAGAGAAACCUUACAAAUGUAGUGAAUGUAAGAAAUCCUUUACCAGUGGCUCAGAUCUUAGAAGACAUCAGAAGAUUCAUACUGGAGAGAAACCUUACAAAUGCAGUGAAUGUGACAAAUGCUUUAUUCAGAAAGUCCAACUUAGAAUACAUCAGAGAAUUCACACAGGAGAGGAACCUUACAAAUGCAGGGAAUGUGUCAAAGUCUUUACCCACCUCUCAGGUCUAAGAAAACAUCAGAAAAUUCAUAGUAGGGAAGGAAAGUUUCCAUUAGUAAAUAAUGUGGCACAUGCUUUAUCCAAGUUCUGUUGGGAGGGUCCAGGAGGAGCCGCUCCGAGGUGUUUAGGGAAGUUAGAGGAAAUUCCGCCAUUCCCUGUUGGACUUGGGAACCACGUGGUGCAGACCUGGGUGUGGACGACACGGCGGGGGGUCGCGGGGGACACGAAAUCUCCCCGGAGCCGCAGUCGCCGCCCCGGGCGGCCUGGGAAAGUCACCAGUCAGCAGCGCAGUGGCGGGAACCGCAGCCCGGCGGCCCUGGAACCUCCCAGGUUAACAUUCUGUGGCAAAGCUGUCAGUUUCUCUUUGGAGCUUCCAGCAGGAGAGUCCUGCUGCAGCCCAGAUGCUAGGAGCCAAAUGCAAAUAACCAAUGGACAGAAUUAUGGCUGUGUAAUCAUGGCGACCUGUGUAAAUCACAAGGGGAAAAUUCCAGUUUUUGGUCCAGGGACAGGAACUCAGAGAAGACCAACAAGAACAAUGAAUGCUUCUCUGGUAAAUGCUCCCGAGAGUCUGUUAUCAUUCAGGGAAGUGGCUGUGGACCUCUCACAGGAGGAAUGGGAAUGUCUAGAUUGUGCUCAAAAGGCAUUGUACAUGGAUGUAAUGUUGGAGAAUUACAACAAUCUCGUCUUUCUAGGUAAAAAUCAAAGAAUCCACACAGGAAAGAAAGAACACAAAAAUACAAAGCUUGAUAAAUCUUUUGAUUCUGAACAUGGACUCACACUGAAACGUACCAAUAGUGAAAAGAAACCACACGAAAGCGGGAAAUGUGGAAACUGCUUCAAGACAGACUCAAGCCUUAGUAAACAUCAGAGAGCUCAUAGUAGACAGAAACCUUAUAAAUGUACUAAAUGUAGUAAAUCCUUUACACAUUUGUCACAAUUCAAAGUACAUUGCAAUUUCCAUUGUGGAGAAAAACCCAACGAAUGUACAGACUGUCCUAAGUGUUUUUACAAGACAUCAGAAUUUAAAAGACAUUGCAGAAUACUUUCUGGAGAGAAUACUUACAAAUAUAGUGAAUGUGGCAAAUCCUUUCGUCAGCAAAACCAUCUUAGAACUCAUCAGAGAAUUCAUACAGGAGAGAAACCUUACAAGUGCAAUGAGUGUGACAAAUCCUUUACCAGGGUAUUCAGUCUUAAAAUUCAUCAGAGACGACAUAGAGGAGAAAAUCCUUACAAAUGUAGUGACUGUGACAAAUCCUUUGCUCGGAAUGGCCAUCUUAGAGCUCAUCAGAGAACUCAUACAUUAGAGACACCUUACAAAUGCAGUGAAUGUGAUAAAUCCUUUACGCAAAGAGACCGUCUUACAGCUCACCAGAGAACGCAUACAGGAGAGAAGCCUUACAAAUGUAUUGAAUGUGACAAAUCCUUUACCAGUGCCUCACAACUUAGACUUCAUCAGAGAAUUCAUACGGGAGAGAGACCUUAUAAAUGUAGUGAAUGUGACAAAUCCUUUUUCCAUAAACACAACCUCAGAUCUCACCAGAGAUUUCAUACAGGAGAGAAACCUUACAAAUGUGGUGAAUGUGACAAAUCCUUUCCCCGGAAAGACCAUCUUAAAAGUCACCAGAAAAUUCAUACAAGAGAGAAAUCUUAGAAAUUUAGUCAGUUUGACAAAUCUAGCAAGAAAGGCCAUAUUAGACCUCAGUAGAGAACUCAUACAGUUGAGAAACCUUGCCAAUGUAGGGAAUGUGACAGAUCUUUUAUCAGUUGCUCAGAUCAUAGAAAACAUUAGAGAUUCUAUACAGGAGAGAAACCCUUCAUGUGUACUACAUGUCAAAAAUUCUUUAUCAGUUCCCCCAUGUCUUAGAAGACAUUAGAUUAUUCAUGCACAAGAAACCUUAUCAAUAUAUAAAAUGUAAGAAACAGUGUCAGUUACUAGGCCCUCAAGCUGAAUCCAGGUGGGCCCAUGAAGAAGUACGUUAUGUGCUUGCCUUGGUAACUUGUUUGAGCCAAUUUCCUCGACCAUAGGGCCUGCCCCACUACAUAUCUACCCUUUUUUUUAUUACAUGUGUGCUCAGCAGCAGAGUUCUAUGCCCUGGCUGUCUUUACCUUGCCUUGGAUGCUCAGCAGUUAGAUUCUGCCUGUCUUAGAUUGGCUUGCCAAACAAGCACUUACCUGUCUUUGACUAUCAACCUUCAAAGAGUGUUCAUCCCUGGGGAGUCUCCCCAAGUGGGGAGGAUCAGUCAGCAGCCUUAUCAAUUUCAGAAAGCUAGGCAUGC